GGAGUCGCUCUAGGAGACGAAGCGGAAGUCUCCAUGCACCUACGGAAGGCUGGCGGGAGGAGCGCGGCGUCAUGGCCGCUGACAGUGGCGACGGUGUGCCUUUAGUUCCAAAGACCUCUGACGGUGGUGUCAACAAAAGCACAUCUGCAGAGGAGUUUGUAGCACGGGUUCCUGUGGUAGAUGUCCAGACUGACAACUUCAAGGAGAUAUGGCCAUCGCUCUUGCUAGCCUUAAAGACGGCUAGCUUUGUGGCUGUGGACACGGAGCUGAGCGGGCUUGGGGACAGGAAGAGUCUGCUGAAUCAGUGCAUCGAGGAACGUUACAAGGCCGUGUGUCAUGCUGCCAGGACUCGCUCUGUCCUGUCCCUGGGCCUCGCCUGCUUCAGGCAGCAGCCAGAUAAGGGUGAAAAUUCUUACUUGGCCCAAGUGUUUAAUCUCACCCUUCUAUGCAUGGAGGAGUAUGUUAUAGAACCAAAGUCUGUGCAGUUCCUGGUACAGCAUGGGUUCAACUUCAACCGGCAGUAUGCUCAGGGCAUCCCCUACCAUAAGGGCAAUGACAAGGGAGAUGAGAGCCAGAGCCAGUCAGUGCGAACACUGUUCCUUGAACUAAUCCGGGCCCGUCGGCCUCUGGUGCUACAUAACGGCCUUAUAGACUUGGUGUUCCUGUACCAGAACUUCUAUGCACACUUGCCUGAGAACUUGGGAACCUUCACUGCUGACCUGUGUGAGAUGUUCCCAGCAGGCAUUUAUGACACCAAAUAUGCUGCAGAGUUUCAUGCCCGAUUUGUAGCUUCCUACUUAGAAUACGCUUUCCGGAAAUGUGAGCGGGAGAAUGGGAAGCAGCGGGCAGCCGGCGGCCCACAUCUUGCCUUGGAGUUCUGCAGCUACCCAUCUAGCAUGAGAGGCCAUAUUGACUACCGCUGCUGUAUGUCUCCUGUAACCGACCGCCGGUCUUACGCCACCGGCAUCUGCGACAAGUUCUCGGCCUAUGGCUGGUGCCCUCUAGGGCCACAGUGUCCUCAGUCACAUGAUAUUGACCUUAUAAUUGACACUGAUGAGGCUGUGGCAGAGGAUAAGCGGCGAAAGCGGCGACGUAAGGACAAGCGGAGGAGGGCUUUGCUGAGGCAACCUGGGACACAGACCUUUGAGGAAGGUGAAGAUGGUCCUCCCACAAAGCAGGUCCGUGAAGAUAGCCUCAAUACCGAGAACACUGAGCAAAAGGUGGCAGAGGGCGAAACUAGCGAUCAGCUGGGCUCCAAGCAAGGUCACAAAGGUGGCUUGGAGAUGAAGCAUGAAGCAACAGGUUCUGAAACAGCUGAUGUGGCUACCUCAGAACUGCAGGUAAACCAAGCCAGUCCUAAUCCUGUGCCUGGAGAUGGAUUGCAUCGCGCUGGUUUUGAUGCCUUUAUGACAGGUUAUGUGAUGGCCUAUGUGGGCCUGAGCCAGGGCCUUCAACUCUGCAGCUCUGAACCUUGGCUUCCUGAAUGUCACAACAAAGUCUAUCUGAGUGGCAAAACUGUACCCCUUACCGUGGCCAAGAGCCAGUUUUCCCGUCCCUCUAAGGCCCAUAACCAGAAAAUGAAGCUGGCUUGGGGCAACAGCUGACUCCAACAUCUGCCUGGUAGUAGGCCCAGGGAGAGAGGCUAAGAAUGGAAGAGUCGUUUGUUAGGGUAUGGUGACUUGUGUACCCUAAAGGCUGAGGCA